UGCCGGUGCUCUUUCCGUACCCACGGAUAUACCCUGAGCAGUACAAGUAUAUGUGCGAUUUGAAGCGCACGCUCGAUGCCGGUGGCAACUGUAUCCUGGAAAUGCCUUCGGGCACCGGCAAGACGGUCUCUCUGCUAUCCCUGAUCAUUGCCUAUCAACAGCAUCAUCCAGAGAAGCGCAAACUCAUUUACUGCUCUCGUACGAUGUCAGAGAUUGAAAAGGCUUUGGCGGAGUUAAAGGCGCUCAUGAAAUACCGGACUCAGGAACUAGGCUACGAAGAAGACUUCCGCGCGCUUGGACUUACCAGUCGGAAAAACCUCUGCUUGCACCCAUCCGUCAAGCGCGAAAAGAAUGGAGCUAUCGUCGAUGCCAGGUGUCGUAGUUUAACGGCUGGCUUUGUCAAAGAAAAGAAAGAACGCGGGGAAGAUGUUGAUCUUUGCAUAUACCACGAGAACUUGGAUCUCUUGGAACCGCAUAACCUCAUCCCUCCUGGUGUCUUCACCCUUGACGACCUCUUGAGGUAUGGAGAAGAGCACAAACAAUGCCCUUACUUUUCGGCUAGACGAAUGAUGUCUUUUUGCAACGUCAUCAUCUACUCGUAUCACUACUUGCUGGAUCCUAAGAUUGCUGAGCGCGUAUCAAAGGAGCUUUCAAAGGAUUGCAUCGUUGUCUUCGAUGAGGCCCACAACAUCGACAAUGUCUGCAUUGAGUCACUCAGUAUCGAUAUCACCGAAGACUCAUUACGGAAAGCCACCCGUGGUGCGCAAAACCUCGAGCGAAAAAUUACUGAAAUGAAGUCAACGGACGCGGCGAAGCUGCAAAACGAGUAUACAAAACUAGUUCAGGGGCUUCGAGAAGCGGAUGAAGCACGAGAUGAAGACGCAUUCAUGGCAAAUCCUGCCCUUCCUGAUGAUCUACUAAAGGAGGCGGUUCCUGGCAACAUUCGGAGAGCGGAGCACUUCGUCUCCUUCUUGAAAAGGUUUAUAGAGUACCUCAAGACACGCAUGAAGGUCCUGCACGUUGUUGCGGAAACUCCGCCUUCUUUCCUAGUCCAUUUGAAGGAGCUCACUUUCAUCGAGAAGAAGCCUUUACGAUUCUGCGCAGAGAGAUUAACAUCUCUCGUGAGGACUCUGGAGUUGACGAACAUCGAAGACUACCAACCCUUGCAGGAAGUUGCCACCUUUGCCACACUCGUAGCGACAUACGAUACUGGCUUUUUGCUCAUUCUCGAACCCUUCGAAACCGAAACGGCCACGGUCCCUAACCCCAUUCUUCACUUCACUUGCCUGGAUGCCGCCAUAGCCAUCAAACCCGUCUUUGAUCGCUUCAGCUCCGUCAUCAUCACGUCCGGCACCAUCUCUCCACUAGACAUGUAUCCGAAGAUGCUUGGUUUCAACACGGUCGUGCAAGAAUCGUACACCAUGACACUUGCUCGAAAGUCAUUCCUUCCCAUGGUUGUCACACGUGGUAGUGACCAGAGCGCCAUCAGUUCUGGUUUCCAAGUUCGCAACGACCCCAACGUUGUCCGUAACUACGGCAACCUCUUGACAGAGUUUUGCAAACUUACCCCUGAUGGCGUUGUGGUCUUCUUCCCUAGUUAUCUUUACAUGGAAUCCACCAUUAGCCAAUGGCAAGGAAUGGGAAUCCUCGACACAGUCUGGAAAUACAAGCUCAUCCUUGUCGAGACACCUGAUGCGCAAGAGACUUCUCUCGCGCUGGAGACAUACCGCACAGCCUGCAACAACGGUCGCGGCGCUGUCCUGCUCUGCGUCGCACGUGGUAAAGUCAGCGAAGGCAUCGAUUUCGACCACCACUACGGACGCACGGUGCUCUGUAUCGGCGUUCCCUUCCAGUACACCGAAUCUCGCAUCCUGAAAGCCCGUCUCGAGUUCCUGCGCGAAACUUAUCGCAUUAAAGAGAAUGACUUUUUGUCCUUCGACGCAAUGCGGCAUGCAGCGCAGUGCCUAGGCCGCGUGCUGCGAGGUAAAGAUGAUUACGGGAUUAUGGUACUGGCGGACCGGCGCUUCCAGCGAAAGCGUAACCAGCUGCCCAAGUGGAUCGCACAGCACCUCGGCGAUGCGGAAAGCAACAUGAGUGUGGACCAGUCGGCGGCGCUUGCGCGCAAGUUCUUGCGCGAUAUGAGCAAGAGUUAUGGGCCCCAGUUGCAAGAAGGCAUCAGUGUUUGGGGAAUUGAUGAUUUGAGGAAGUACCAAGAACAGGUGCAGGAGGAAGAGAUUAGGAUGUUGCAGGACCGGCCAGAUAGGGACGUCGUCAUGGCGGAUGGGGACGAGUUUGAUGUUGGCUUUGACCCGGAAAUCAUGGCGCAGAUUAAUGUGUAAGAAUAGGUUGGGGAAGAUGGACGUAAAGCGUUUGAAUAUGACGCUUGGAUAUCAAUCGAAGGCCUCGAAAAUCGAAGGUGAGUAUCCGUAGAUCUAAUAGUGCUCAAGACUAUGACCAGGUUUGAAGUAAAGUCUGUCACCUUCAAUAGAGGUAUCAAACUACCUCCAGAGUUAUCAAAACCAGGCAAAAGUUUUAGGGAACUACUAUGGAAUCAGAUCUUCGAUCCGGCG